CCAAACUUCGAAGUACAAAAAAACUUAAUAAUUUUUUCUUCUUCGGCUAUACUAGGUUUUUAGGUACAUCAAGCUGUUGGAAGAAUGGUUGGUUUAACAGCAUUGUAUUUAGUCGAAAAGCCAUUAAUUCCAUUUAAUCCAACUCGAUACUAUGAACAACUGUUAAAUCUACUUAAAGUGACAAUGGAUCGUGCACCUGCAUCGACAAAUUUUAGUAAGAAAUACCUUCUUUUAUUGUUUUUACAGUGAUAUUUUUUAUCCCGAUAAAUAGUUUAAGAAAAAGUUCCAUGGUAACGAGCAUCAUUUCCUCGAUACUGUUAACUAUAUUUAUCUUUCUACAGCGUCUUUACAAAAUGCAAUCAAUGAUUUUAAAAAUGUUGCUGACAAAUUUCAAUCCGAAUCUAAAUUGAUAGAUAAAACAAAUCCCCUUAGUUUGAGAAUAGUCAACGAUCAAUUAAUACAACUUGAACGUGCCUUUAUUAAUCCUCUGGGAAAUUCAAUUGAACGUUCUGAUGUCAAACAUGUGGUGUAUGCACCCUCGAGGAAAGAUCAGUAUAAUGCAGCUGGCUUUCCAACUAUUUUUGAUGCAAUAGAAGAUAAUGAUAUUAUUAAUACUCAAAGACAAAUAGCAAUUACGACUUACUUUAUUCGAUCGGCUGUUUCUGUUUUACAACAACCGACGAAAUUACAAACUACUUCAGCGUAA